AAAAUUUAUUAAUUAGGUUCGAAAGACGUGCACAAUGGAAGUCAGCAAACGAAAAAAACCGAAGACAAAAGACGAAAAAGUUGCAAAUUCCAUUAAAAAAAUUUAUAAAGAUAUUAAAACGCCAAAGAGUUUUAGUAGUUGUGCUGUUACUCUAACGGUUAGCUCCAUCAUCGUAGUAGCAGCGGCAUGUCAUGUAUACACAGACGUGUUUCAUAUUCCCGAGCUGCCCCCAGUUGAUCUGGACGUGUGGUGGGGCCCGAACCACACGAAACUCAGCCAAGAUACAACGAUUAGACCAUUCAGGAUUGUGUUUAGUGAUGCUAUGCAAGAACAGCUUGUGAAGAAAUUUGAUCAUCACCGACGCUCAGAGAAACAGAAAUCUUUUGACGACACCGCGUGGACAUACGGGGUGCAUUCCUCAGCGCGGGAACAAAUUUUCUCCUUUUGGCAGUACAAGUACAAGAUAAAAGAGCGAGAGCGUUUUUUUAACCAGUUUCAACACUUUAAAACUAACGUGCAGGGUUUGGAUUUGCAUUUCAUGCGCGUUAGAUCUGAGGUUGAAAAUGUGAAGGUCCUCCCUAUAAUCUUGCUGCACGGCUGGCCGAGCUCGUUCCGCGAGUUCUACGACGUCGCGCCGUUGUUAACAACUCGACGAUCCGACUACGACUUCGUGUUCGAAGUUAUCGUGCCCAGUUUGCCGGGUUUCGGUUUUUCACAAAGUGCUGUCAGACCUGGUUUAGGUCCUUUUCAAGUCGCUAUAGUAAUGCGAAAUCUAAUGAAUCGCCUUGGUUUUAACAAAUACUACGUUCACGGUGGGGACUUCGGUCACGUGAUUGGCUCAAUAAUGGCUACUCUCUUCCCUAAUGAGGUCUUAGGCUUCCAUUCCUCUAUGCCGCUAACAUUGGCCAAGCCUUCAGUAUUGGCACGGGUGCUAGGAGCUGUUUGGCCAACGUUUAUCGAUGCCCACCACUGGCGGAAGAUGUACCCGUUAAAAGAAAAACUAGAGUUUUUGAUUGAUGAGACGGGGUACAGUCAUUUACAGGCUACAAAACCUGAUACAAUUGGUAUCGCAUUAAACGAGUCUCCGGUUGGAUUGGCAGCUUACAUAUUUGAUAAAAUAAUGAUAUACACUGACGCUAACAACAAGUAUCUUGAAGACGGAGGUCUGGCCAAGUAUUACAACGGCAGUAUGACGGAUUUGAUCGAUAAUGUGAUGGUGUACUGGGUCAGCGAAAGUAUAACAACUUCAAUGAGAAUCUACAAGGAGGUGUCUAGUGUAGAAUUAACGUUAGAGCAGAUCCCCACAUCAGUGCCAACAUGGUUCUUAUGUUUAAAGUACCAACCCUUUUACACCCCUGAAAUGUUACUGCGAUGGAAGUAUCCAAACCUCAUAAACAUUACCACUUACGACGACUUCGGAGGACAUUUUGCUGCAUUAGAAAGACCUCAAGAAUUAGCUGAAGAUAUUUUCUACGCUCUCUAA